AGUACCUGAUAUUCUUAGAACCAGUCAGUGUUCAUCAUACUGUGAAUAUUUUGACAGUGGGACUUUGUUAAGUGGAAACAACCCACUCGUCCCCCUCUACUACACACAACAGAAUGCUGUUGUACCUGCGCCUCAAAGUGUUUCACAUCUUUUCCAUUAGUUGUGAGUGGGCGUAGGGGGGUGCAUUACCUUGGUCUGAACAGCAAAAAUCCCCUACAGCACAAGGUAACUUGUGACUGUCCGGGUUUAUUCAGUGCGUAGCUUUUAGCGUGGGCAGAAGGUUUACAACCAUCGCUUAUGUCAGGCCAUUUCUUGUAAAUGCCCACAGUUAGAAGAACCACACUUCCUGAAUGGGCGGGUCUAUUGAACCUCACCGCGCUGAUUGGCCAGAAAGAAACACCGCUGUCAAAUCAUCUCGCAGUAUUUCAUUCAUAACACAGGCCGUGAUAAAGUUUAUGAGCAUGAGUCGAGGACAGUCACUUGUUGAAAUCUGACAGUGAGCCAUCCAUCAACAUCUGAGGAUACAAACAGAGCCAAGAGUUCAGCUGCUUAUCAAACUGUAGAAGCGAGAGGUCGUAAUACAAGUUUUCUGCGUCAAGAUGUCAAAUUCUGGGGGUCGGAGACUGAAGCAGUGGCUGAUGGAGCAGAUCCAGAGCGCACAGUACUCUGGGCUCCAGUGGGAGGAUGACAGUCGCACCAUGUUCCGAAUUCCAUGGAAACACGCAGGAAAACAGGAUUAUAACCAAGAGGUUGACGCAUCCAUUUUUAAGGCCUGGGCUGUGUUUAAAGGCAAGUUUAAGGAAGGGGAUAAGGCUGAACCUGCAACAUGGAAGACCAGGCUGCGCUGUGCCCUGAAUAAAAGUCCUGACUUUGAGGAGGUGACAGAAAGAUCACAACUUGACAUCUCUGAGCCUUAUAAAGUCUACCGCAUCGUACCAGAAGAAGAGCAGAAGCACGGCAAAGGCUCAAUGAUGCACAUUGUUACCACUGGCUCUGGUGAUAUCACUGACAUGGACUGCAGCCCUGCAGAAGUAGAGGAGUUCAUUAAAGAGGAGGAAGGCCGCAGUAUCCAGGCCAGUCCAGAAUACUGGUCCCAAAGCAGCAUCAGUGUUUUUCCACAACACCAGGAUCCAUUGCCAUCAAGCACUCCAAGUUCAGCUUCCUCCCAAAUGAUGAUCAGUUUCUACUACGGUGGAAAGCUGAUGCAGAACUCACUGGUUACUCAUCCAGAAGGCUGCCGCAUCUCCCCAGGCCCACAGCUGGGACGUGGCGCCCUCUACAGUUCAGACAGCAUGCAGAGCAUUAACUUUCCACCUGCUGAGCUCAUUGAGUAUGAACGCCAGCGUCAUGUUACACGCAAACUCCUUGGUCACUUGGAGAGAGGCGUUCUGGUUCGUGCCAAUCAAGAGGGCAUUUUCAUCAAGAGGCUGUGCCAGAGCCGUGUCUUCUGGUGUGGGCUGGGAGAAGUGGGUCUGCAGCAGUACAGUUCCAUGCCUUGUAAGCUUGACAGGGAUGCUGUGGUUAAGAUCUUUGACACUGGAAGGUUCCUGCAUGCUCUGCAGCUACAUCAGGAGGGUCAGUAUCCUGCUCCUGAUCCAACAGUGACUUUAUGUUUUGGAGAGGAGCUCCAAGAUCUCAGUACUGCCAAAAGCAAACUAAUCAUUGUCCAGAUCACUGUGUUGAAUUACCAACACCUACUGGAGGCGGUGAACAUGCGUCGCUCACAGCCUUACUGUAACAACACGAACCUGGACAUGUCUGAUGAGGUGGUCAGUGACCAGAUGGCCCGCAUCUACCAGGACCUGUGCAGCUACAGUAGUCCCCAGAGGACACCUUGCUAUAGAGACAACAUGCAAAUCACUGCAUGAAAUAUGAAGCUAACAUGAGAUAUUAGACUGGUGUUAGGGAUGCUUCUCAUUUUCCUCGCAUACACUGACAAAGGGAAUUCAGGAAUUAGCAUGUCCAGUUUAGUGUAUCAGUACUGCUUACAUUAAAAUACAAAUGGCGCUAACACAGAGACCAGGUCUAACCUCUGCUUUACUGUUUUCAUCAUAACAGUGCAUCUAAUUAGACCUGUUCUCUUUCUUACACAUGUCAAGUGUUGUAAAUCUUCAAAAACAGAUUAAUUUAGGUGAUCUUGACCACAAAUCUAAAUGUUGUUUGUACAUUUUAGUGAAACAUAUUCCUCUUUGUUCCUCAAGCAUGACAGCCAUUCAUUUUCUCUUCUCUUAAAAGUCUGUCCGCUGAAUGUCACUGGUGAUUAGUUCUCAAAACUAAACUAUAUCUUUAUGUACAUGAUCUGUUUGACUGUAGCUGUUGUUUUUGCAGCUGUGUUGCUUGUUUAUAUCCUGACAUUAUCUAUUUUCCACAGUUAAAAAUUUUAUAAAAGGUACGAGGGAUUAUAGAUAUUACAGAUAGGUUUUACUAUCAAACUGUUGUAUUUGAUUAUUUUCAUUAUGUUUUUAUACAAUGCAUUCCUAAUAAAACUUUUUACUGAACUACACA